UCGAGUUCACACCCGCGCGCGCAGCCAAUGAGCGCGCGCGCCGCAUGAAUAGAGAAUCUGAUGGAGGAGGAAACGCAUUUUAUAAGGUCAUUCUCAUGCACACACGCACUCAGAGCCAGAUAAAGGAGUUUAACGGAACACCGACGACAUAAAAGGAAACAUUUACCAGAGACUCACACACACAACCGCGCGACUUUCUUCUGUUCUUCAGUGACUGAAGCUCAGAAACUCAUCGAAAUGUUUCCUGAUUCAACUACAGGGUACAGUUAUGAGGAGUGCAAGGACACGGCUGAGUGGCUGUUAACUCGGGUUCAGGUGCGCCCUCUGGUGGGGAUCGUGUGCGGCUCCGGUCUCGGCGGAUUGGCAGACAUGCUGAAAGAUCAGCUAGUCAUCAACUACAGAGACAUCCCAAACUUCCCUCAGAGCACUGUUCACGGCCACGCUGGAAAGCUGGUGUUCGGCACCCUAAAAGGAAAGCCAUGCGUUUGCAUGCAGGGAAGGUUUCACCUCUAUGAAGGAUACCCCAUUCAGAAGACCACCAUGCCCAUCCGGGUCUUUAGGCUCAUGGGUGUGGAGACGGUUCUCCUGACCAACGCCGCUGGCGGACUGAACCAGGACUUUAAAGUGGGUGACAUCAUGGUCAUAAAGGAUCACAUCAAUAUUCCAGGCUUCGCUGGAAACAACCCGUUAGUGGGAACGAACGACGAGAGGUUUGGCACGAGGUUCCCGUGUAUGUCGGACGCGUAUGACCGCGGUCUGCAGCAGCUGGCGCACGACGUCGCGGCGGAGCUGGACUACUCCUCGUUCAUGCAGGAGGGCGUUUACAGCGCUCUGGGCGGCCCGUCCUUCGAGACGAUUGCUGAGUGCAAAAUGCUCCGCUUCCUCGGAGUCGAUGCUGUGGGGAUGAGCACCGUUCAUGAGGUGAUCGUGGCGCGUCACUGUGGAAUGAGGGUGUUGGCUCUGUCUCUGAUCACCAAUAAGUCGGUGAUGGAUUAUGACAGUGAGAAGAAGGCCAAUCACGAGGAGGUUCUGGAGACGGGAGAAAUGAGAGCCAAGCAGCUGGAGAAACUGGUCUCCACCAUGGUUUCCCGCAUCAAAACAGUCAAAUCCUAUUAGUGAGCGAAGCCCCUCAAACACGACCGCACAACUAGAUGCUCGCUAGAUGCCUUUAGUGACUCCAAAGUUUAUCAUACACUCAUUACUUUUGCUUUCUAAUGUUUACAUUCCAGAGACAGAGCGUUUUAGGGAACAUGUUCCCAUGCGGCGACUGAUCCAAACUAACACACCGCUGCUUCUGUCAUCGCCAAAUCAUUUCACUUCACUGAUUAUAAUGUUGCUGUUUUAGUAUGUAUUUAUUGUGACCAAAUGUCUGAUUUAUUUAAAACUAAGUUAAACAACUGGAGAUAAAUACCAAAAAGUCACUGAAAUAUGUCCAGUAAAGAAGGAAAUUGGGAGCUUUUUUAAAACAUCUAUCUUACAUCUAAAGAAACGUUACUGAAUUCACUUUGAGGUAUUUAACAAACACCGAACUUGAAUACUGUAUUUAUGUGACCUAUUUAUGUAAAGGUGAGGUUUUUGAAGUUAAAAUGAGGGUGAAUGUUGUUUUUAAUUGCACUAAAUGAUGGAGUUGGUGUUUUGUGUGUCUUUUUUAAGACCUUCAUCUGAAUUGCUGUUUUAUUGACAUACUCCAGCACUUUCCCCAGAAAGUAAAAGUUUUUUUUACCGAAACUUUAAGAUUGCACUUCAAGCUAUUUGAUACAUAUUGUCCCUAAUAUCUUAUGCUUAAAUGGAAUUAAAUGAAAAUUUUUUGA